AUGGGGAGAUCGGUGAUGCUCACCUUGGUCGCUUUUUCUAGUGCCACAACCUCACCGCAAGUGGAAGAGGCGGCUCCAGUGCCCGGAGGAACACCGCAGGCAAAGCGGAUGAUGAAGCGGACCCGGCAAAUGGCUCCUAUGGCACGUCUCCCCUUCACUCCAACCAAGAGAGCCAAGUCGGUCGCGACAGGCUCGGGUACGAAUGACACACCGUCAUACGAGGAGGCCAGGGAAAAUGUGAGACAGGCUGCAUCUUAUAUCUUGAGGACAACAUAG